AUGGCUUCAAGUUCAAGUUCGCAGUCUCAGCAAGACGGCCCCGUCUACUUCUGGAAACCAGACCAAGGGCACGGAUAUCUAGGCCAAUGGUUCUGGAGCCCAUGGUCGCACGAAGGGGACGAGUACAAGACGGCAGAAAUGUGGAUGAUGGUUGGGAAGGCGUGGUUGUUUGGUGAUGAAGAUGUCGCGCGGGAAAUCCUUGCCGCGGACAACCCGAGGAAGCAGAGGGCGCUUGGUCGCAAAGUUCGAAACUUCGAUGAAAAGAUUUGGGAUGCGAGCAAGCUGCGCAUCGUCGAAGAAGGCAACUAUCACAAGUUCACCACCUCCGAGGAUGCUGAGAGUCUGAAGGCAAUGCUACUCGCGACGGGCGAGAGGGAGCUGGUGGAAGCUAGUCCUAUGGAUCGUAUUUGGGGCGUGGGGUUUGCGGAGAAAAACGCGGGGCACAAUAGGAUAAGAUGGGGGCAGAAUCUGUUGGGGAAGGCGUUGAUGAAUGUCAGACAAAGGCUGCGGGAGGAGAGCGAGCAAGAGAAGAGCAAGGCUGAGCGUGCGGAAGAGAAGGAGCAGUGA